CUAGAUCUCAUAGCUUGGCUUGCCUGCAUAAAUUGCACGACGGCUGUUUUACUUCAUAUUAUAAUACUUUCACAAUAAAGAAGAAUUUUUAUCGAAGUGGGAGCUGGGUAGCGCAGGGGGAAGAUGACUUCUGAAUCCGCGGCCGGGAAUCGGAAUCGCAUGACUUAAUCGGCCUCAGAGUUCGUCGCCGGUGAUCGAACAGGGACGGUGAAGCAUGGGGGCAGCGGAAGAGGAUUUGGUGAAGCGAUUCCAUGAACUGGAAGUUAGCCAGGCGCAGCUCCGGGAGCACCUCCAGCUCUUCCUCAGCGAUAAAGGCGAGAAGAAACGAGGCCGAAUAGGAGAACAGCAAGAUGUGAUGAUGAUGACGAUGGCGGGAAACUUCGUCAACAAUCCUUAUCGAAGCCUUCUACAUCAACUCGGUCACGCGCUCCAUAUCUGCAGGCCAGUUUCCGGCGAGAUCUUCUAUUGGAAUCGAGUGGCCGAGGUUCUUUAUGGAUGGAAGAGCUAUGAAGCACUCAACCGGAAGGUCACUGAUAUACUUGUAGAUGCCUGCAAUCAUCCUUAUUGGGAAAGCAUUGUGGAAAGAGCAUGUGGAGGAGAAACGUGGUCGGGUCAGUUUUCUUUUAGGAAGAGAUCAGGAGAAUUGUUCAUAGCAAUGGUAACUGCGAACCCAUUGUAUGAGAAUGGUGUGUGUAUUGGUGUUAUUGUUGUCUCAAGUGAUGCCUCCAUGCUAAACAAUGCAAAAUCAGAUGGACCAAGAUCGCACUCUGAUGAAGCUCGCAGACAGUCAAGAGAACCCAAUUUGAACUUUAAAAGAGUGCAGUGGUCCUCACAACCUCAAAUUACAUCAUCUAUAUCAAAUCUGGCUGGGAAGGUUCUUGCAAAGCUGCACAUCGGAAUAAAUGGCAGUCAGGCUCCAGAGUUGGAAGGAAAUACAGAAACUAACUCGGUAUUUGUUUCAGCAGAUGGUUCAUUACAAAAUGAUCAACGGCCAGAAAUUUCACCUCUGGGUGAGAUGGAUGCAAAAUGUUGUGCUUCAUGCUAUCAAGGAAAAAAAUGUCUUAAAGAAGGAAGAGUUCUUGUUCCUUGCAGAAGUGGGUGUACAGGUCUUGAACAAUGUUGCAUAACUGAGAUGGAGGAUGGUGAUGUACUGCAAGAUGGAGAGAACUUACUGGCAGAUCCACCAGAACAAGCAAAAAUAUCAAAGAAGAAUACAUCGCCAAUGAUGGAAGGUUUACAGCAUUCAAAAUCAGCUUCUUCUUUAGAGACCACUGCUAGUAGCCAAUCAGGUUCAUCUACUGUUGACGAGAUAGAACCAAACUUGGUGGGAGACUCUGAAAUUCGAUGGGAAGACCUUGUGCUGGGGGAGGAAAUUGGAGAAGGCUCUUUUGGUGUCGUUUAUCGUGGACAUUGGAUUGGAUCAGACGUUGCAAUAAAAGUGUAUACAAGAAUGGAUUAUCGUGAAAGUGUUUUGCUGGAUUACAAAAAGGAGAUUGCUAUCAUGAAGAAGUUAAGACAUCCAAAUGUUUUGCUUUUCAUGGGAGCUGUAUAUUCAAUUGAGCGUCUUGCGAUUGUAACUGAACACCUACCCAGAGGAAGCCUCUUCAGAACACUCCACAAAAACAAGCAAAUAUUGGACCUAAGAAGGCGUUUGCGGAUGGCACUUGAUGUUGUUAGAGGAAUGAAUUACUUGCAUCGAAGGAACCCGCCUAUCAUACAUAGAGACCUUAAAUCCUCUAACUUACUAGUUGACAAAUCCUGGACAGUCAAGGUUGGUGAUUUUGGCUUGUCGUCUUUAAAGAUCUCAACAGUGCUAACAACAAAAAAUGGAAUGGGAACCCCCCAGUGGAUGGCGCCUGAGGUACUCCGCGGUGAAUACUCCAGUGAGAAGUCGGACGUGUUCAGCUUUGGAGUUAUCUUAUGGGAGCUUAUGACUGAGUCCAUCCCUUGGAACCAUCUCAACGCCAUGCAAGUGGUUGGAGUGGUAGGCUUCAUGGAUCAGCGGUUGGAUAUUCCCCAAGGAAUUGAUCCCAAGAUUGCAGCCAUCAUUUCUGAUUGUUGGGCAAGUGAUCCAUUGCAGAGGCCAUCCUUCCAGGACCUCGUCGGGAGGUUGUCGGAGAUCAUGAGGGCGAUGGCACCACCACCUUCUGGUCGCCGGAGAUUGAAGCAGUCACCACGUAUGUCCCUGUCGGAUUCCUGAUUGCCCUAUGGUUAUGCAUGGAGGACCCUUGGUGUUAUACUUGGCGUUUAUUUGGAAAAAAAUUGCAUGAGGAGCUCCUGAUAGAACAAUGCAUAAAAAAUUGUAGGACAUUAUUGUAAAACAUCAUAAGAUUUUGUGAAAAUUGCAAGACUGUCAAAUUUUGUAUGUAUAUUUUAUAUAAAUGUUUUGUAGAUUUUAUAAAAUACCAUGAAAUUUUGUAUCAUUGACUUACAAUAUAUUUUCUUAUGAGGA